CAUUCUGCUUAUCGGGCAUUGCAAUCGCCACCGGCUGUGCUCGUUGUGUGCUGCCGUGGCCAUCCAUGUUGUCUCUGCGGCUGAUGACUUCGAUGAUUUGACCUUGGCCACUACAUCCUCGGCGAGGAGGGGAGGAGAGUGGCAUCGACAGAGGAAGGCAUCAAGAAACAGGAGAACCAGGUGGGAAGACGAUUGAAAGAACGCUGCCAAGGAAAUAGGAACGGAGAGAGAAAAGGGAGGAAGGAGUGUAAUGAACGACAGCGAGGACAAAGGGAGGGAGAGAGAAGACAGGGAAGGAGAAAGCUAGAAAGUCGGGAGGGAGGGAGGGGGUAAGAGUGUAAUAUACACAAGGACGUAGGAAUGAGAGUGUAAGGAACCAAAUGGAGGCAUAAGAAGGCUGGAGAUGGUAAGAAGGAGAGAGGGAGGGGCUAAGGAAGGAGUAAGAGGCAGGAAGGAGUGUGGUCUGGAUGCAGUUAUGUGCAUUUGUAGGUAUAAGUAGCAGACAUAAAAGAGUGAUAUUCAGAUAGGGAAAAUAGUGAGAGUCAAGGGGAGGACAUGAGCGGAAGAGAAGGCGGGAGGAGUGGUGGUGAUAGCUGGGACUCGAUCGGUUUACCUUCUGCUGAAGUACUCUUUUUCCCAAGAUGGCUUUCCCUUUGCAUUAUCGUCCUGGCGACGUAUUGACUUAUAUGUGCUCGCCGGAAUUCUACGGAAUCGUGGAACCCAAUGUGUACAGAUCCAACGCUCUUUAUUCCAUCAACUUUCCAUUUGUGAAGCGCCUGAACCUGAAGACAGUGCUGUAUCUCUCACCAGAGGCGCCCAUUCGUGCGGUCACACAGUUUUUAGAGGAGACAGGGACAAAGUUCAUACACUUAGGGCUCAAGGCGUGGAAACCCUACGUGACGUGGAAACCGAUCAGCGAGGAACUAAUUAAGGAGGCGCUGGAGAUCGUGCUGGAUAGCAAUUCGCAUCCGGUGAUGAUAAUGUGCGCUUCGGGAGUGCACCAGACAGGUACCCUCGUUGGGUGUCUUCGCAGACUGCAGAAGUGGAAUCUGACGUCGGUUAUUGGAGAGUACAGAAGAUACGCGGGAAGCAAGGCAAGAUACGUUAACGAGCAAUUCAUGGAAUUAUUCGAUGAGGAUCUGGUCACACUGCCUCCCAAUUUGCCUCCAUGGUUCAUAGAUCAGCGGAGGAUGAUGGCAGAGGAAGAAGCUGAGUACGAGAGAUUGCAUGGUGGUGGAGGGAAUGACGACGAGACAUCCUUGUCAAUGGAGGGCAUGCUACCUGAGGAAGAAGAUAACCCAGUGUUUAUCGUUACGCAAUCGACGGCGGAGAUGCGCCGAUCGUUGGCAUUAAAAUCACGAGCACGAGCAGCAGGAGAAGGGUUAGAGCGUAAAGGAGGAGGAGGAGGAGGAGGAGGAGGAGGAGGAGGAGGAAGUGACGAACGAAGGAAGGUCACGACAAGUAGAUUGAAAGUCAAGGGCAAUGAUGCACGAUUAACUGGAAGUGUGCAGAAUCUGCGGGGUAAGGAGCUUUGGGAUGAUGAUGAUGAUGACGAGGAGGAGGAGGAGGAGAAGGAGGUCGAGGAGGAUGGUCAUUGUCAUGAUCAACAGCAGCAGCGGCAAGAAGGUGGUGAAGUUCCCUCAUCCAUCCCGACAGGGACGAGUAGAGAAUCCUGUUCGGUUGUUCGGGAGCUAAUUGAUGUAAAUACGAUGGAGGAAGAAAGGGGAGGAGGGGGGAGGGAAGGAGGAAGGGGGGGAGGGGAGGGAAGGAGGUGUGUUGUGGGGGGUGGUGAGCAGCGAGUAGAGGACGGAACGGGAAGGGUAGGAGGUGGGGAUGCAGAACGCGGUAGACGAAAGCAUUAGCAGCAGCAGGAGUAGGUUUUUAUUUGCUUUAUUUUUCUGUCUCCUGAGUGAUUUGGAGUGGAUAAUUUUUUGUUUGAUGACGAGCUCGUUAUAAUUCAACUCAUAAUAUUCAUUCAUACUCGGCGACAUUGCCAUCGGAUUCUUCAAUUCAUUGAUUACAUAAGGACUCUCAUUCAUGCAGCAUUUUUUUGGUGUGUGAUCGUCUUUUGUCAAAUAAAUCUGUCCCAUGUUC